GUGAUUACUUUUUUCAAAACCUAUUUUUAAUACUUAAAAAAUCUUAAAAAACUAUAUGAGAUUACAAUGAUUAUAUUAAGUGUGUGGAAAUGAGGUACGGAAGGUGUGUUCAUUUCUUUGGAAUAAUUUUUUUACAUAGCGAUCCAAACAAAAAUAUAAAUAUACAGGAAGAUGUAAAAUUCCACGGGCUUCCCGAAUAUGUCGUUACUUUUUAAAAAAUAUGUUCUUUUGGUAACAAUAUCCUCAAAAUACAGAGGGAAACUUAUCUUUGCUAGGGGUAUAUAUAUCUUGAGAAGUCUUUCUAGAAUCAUCUUGACAAUCAAACUAACUUACGUGUUCAUCACCACUGUAAGUGACUCCAUACUAAAGAAUGUAAAACCAAAUAUCCUUUAAAAGAUAAAAAUAGCAACAAAAUUUGUAUUGACAUUUUUAUCUUUGAUGUUUGAGUUAUUCUUACAGGAUCAUAUUUUCUGAUUUAAUUUGAUUUUCUUGUUUUAAAAUAGUUAUUACAAAAAGCAUGAUUGCUAAAGUAAAAUAUAUAAUUGAGUUUGAUAUUGCUUGAAGAAUCGCAAGCAAAUGUAUUCGUUUUGAAAAUAGUCUAAAGAAGUGAUUAAAUCGCAAUUAAUUCAAUGCUUAGUUAUGAAAACCAUGUUUAAAGCAUUAAAAAAAAGAUUAUACAUUGAUUUGGGUCUUUUAUUCGGUGGUUAGUGUUUCUAUUCUGUGAUCCUGCAGCUGUCAGACGCAUCAGUAAAGUAAACGACUACAUAUGAUGACUUUAAUAGGUUGUGCGCGAGUUUUUCAGAAGCCCUAUAGCAGAAAAAAUGGCUUUUUUUGCACUUGUAUUGCAUAAGCGCAUGCAUGUGCUGCACGUGGCUGCGCACAUAUUCAUUAGAUCUGCCAUGAUCGAUAACCUCUAGCAAAAUAUCAACAAAUUAUUUAACGCUCAAACAGUUGUUAAGUAAAACACAUUUAACUGAAUCAAAACUUACUUUGCGUUUUUCGUAAGACAGUUUUUUAGAUUCAGGGCUUUCGCCAUGCACAGGAAUUCUCGAUAACGAUACAUUGGAGAAAGAAAAUUUUUUUUGAUUUGUAGAUAACACUUUUAGGCAGGAGUCGACAGAGUCCGAUUUUUAAGUUAUGCUUCUAUUUUUUAUAGAAAUCGGGAUUUCGAAGAAACCUUCCAAGGAUUUUUCCGACUUUAAAGUUCUAUUAAGCAUUAGAAAACAGUAAAUGAGAAAUUCAGAAUUGCUAUACAUUUCAGAAAACAUUAACUUCUAUUCGGAUUUGUGCUCAAACAGCUGUCCAUUCCUUCCUUUUGAACACAUGUUCACAUGUUUGUUAGUCAUUUGCGAAGAGAAGGUGAACCAAAUAUAGUAUGUGAUUACUUUAAUAAUCAACCUAUGUUAGACAUAACAAGUAGACUUGAGUGUUUUUACAUAAAAAUUUCUUGGGCAAAUAGUAUCGUCAGUUACAUAUCUGAAUGUUUUACUCUAGUGAACAUUCGUAAAAAUAGAGUAAUUUUUGAAAUGUCUGUUCUGUAUGAUGUUAUUAAAACCGUUUCUAAUCUGUGUUUUAGGUAAAUUUUACUACUGACUUCUACUACUUUAUGUUUGCCCAUUACCAACAAAGAAAAUUAAUACUCACUUAUGUUGUUCGGUUAGUAAAGCACAAUAAUUAUCGCCAAAUUGUUUUUCUUUUGCAAGUUGUGCUACUGUUCGGAUAUUCUGGAUGCAUUGAAUAAUCAUCUAAAAAUGUAUAUUUAUGUAAGAAUAAAGUCAGAAAAAUCCUUGGAAAAUUAGCAGAAUGGAUCUCGGAAGGAAAUAAAGACAGAAAAGAUCUCGGAAAAAUGUCAAUUAAGCAUUUCUGCAUAAAAGAUCUCGGAAAAUGAUAUUUAUUUUUUUAUUCUGCAGAAAAGAUCUUGGAAAAAUAAAUUUAUCUAUUUAUGCAGAAGAGAUCUCAGAAUAAUGAAUAAUCGAGAAGAAAAACAUGUGCAUAAAGCACAGUAUUAUGAAGUCAUAACAUUUCAGCUUCAUUUUCAACCACGUUCAUUUGUUUAACCACUCGUCAAUUAUUAUCGACAUGUCAAUAUUCAACAGUUUUGGCCAUCGAUUGUACGUACAAAAUAUUAUUCAAUGGUUUACCACUUGUGGUCUUUGGCACCAGUGAUCUACAUCGUCAUUUUCGUCCAGUUGGUGUAUGCUUGAUUUCAACCGAUGAAUCUGCCGAAACGUUUAAAACAUUAUUUCGUGGAAUUCAGGUUAAUUUGAAAGCAUUUGAAUGGUUACAAGAGAUUGAUAAAUCUCAAAUUGCACAACUGAAUCCAUUCACUUUCGUUGUUCCAUCAAAUGAUCCAAAAAUAAAUGUAUUCGCACGUGUUCAGCAAUUAAAUUCAGCAGACUGGCAAUCAUUUGAUGAAUUCAUUCGCUGGUCCUCAUCAGGCCAUUUGCUCAAUUGCUCACGUUUUUUACCACCGUGGUUUUGUUCAUGUAGAUAUGGUCUCAAAGAACACUCAUGUAUGUAUGCAAUUGGUUUAAUGAUGAUGUGGGGCACAAGGCCUGUCCCACAACUUAUUGGUAAACGUAGAGAAAUAGGGCGUCCAAAAAAAAUAAAAUUAGCAUUACAAUAUGACCAGAAAACUGAGCUUGUUGUCUUUUAA